AUGGGGCUGCUGACAUGUGAACCCUUCCUUCCUCAGCUGCUCCUGCUCUUGCUGUUGGCAACAGCAAGAAGCCAGAAGAGGCAGCUGGAGGACAAGAUUGAGUGUGAGACCUUAGCAAGUUGCUCAAUAGAGAUUGAGACCACAGCCCUGCUGCCAGUCCCAGCAGCCCAGAUACACCAGCUGCCUUUCUAUCCAUUUUCUUCCUUAUCUGCAGCCAAAGGAGAUUUUGGAGAUGGUGUGGAUCCCAAGGAAAUGGUUGCAGUCUUUCAGGAGUCCAUCGGUCUACCCCUGGAAAUGCCAUUUGAUGAAGAGGUAGAGAACAUCAUCUGGUCCUCCCACAUAAGGCUUGCUACUGUGGUGCCAGGAAAAGAACAUUCAGCUACCAUCAUGGUGACCAACCCUCGAUACCAGGGUUGAGUAAGCUUCCUGAAUCCCAGCUACUCUCUACACAUCAGCAAUCUGAGUCUGGAGGACUUGGGGCCUUACCAAGCUCAAGUCAACCUGAAGACAUCCCAGGUCUCCACCAUGUAGCAUUACAAUAUACGUACAUACCGAUGCCUCUCACAGCCUCACAUCACUGUGAACUUUGAGAUCUCUGGCAAAGGCCCCUGAAAUAUUUCCCUGAUAUGCUCUGUUGAGAAAGCAGGCCUGGAUGUGACCUCCAGCUGGAUAUCCUUGGAGGAUGGCCAUGACGCAGCUCAUGAAGGCUCUGUCCUCUGCACACCCUGGAGCCCUGGGGACAAUAUCUUCUCCUACACUUUCAGGAUCAGCAACCCCAUCAGCAACACCAGUUCCCAUCUCAUUCCUGCUGGAUCCUUCUGUGCAGGUACCAGGAUCCCAGACAACCCUGAGCUAGUGAAGGGACACAAGGCCAUCACCUCCUUCCCUCAGUUCUUCCCAAGAGAAUACAUAGAAUCCCCUCCCUCCUUUCUUCUUCUGUUCCAGAUCCCUUUAGGAAAGGCCUCAGCUUCCUGCUGCCUCUUCACCAAGGCAUCUCUCCUUUUCCUGCUCCUGGUAACUCUGGCCAUGGGACUGUGGUUCAUUCAAGGCCAGAAAAGAUGCAAGAUAGCAAGGAUGAGAAAACUCAGGAGAAACAGAAUGAGACUGAGAAAGAAAAAGAAGCCUGCUUCUAUCUAGACUGGCCUGAUUGUCUCUUGGGGACCCCUGUCCUGACCACUGUUUCCUCACAGCUCUCAGGAAAUUCUCCCUCUCCUCCCCAGGCUUUCUUUGUCCCAGGGGCUCAGGGUGGAUGUACAAAGGGUCUUACUCUCACAGAGAAGACUGUGUGGCAAUGAAGUUGAAUUAGGUGACCACCAUGCUGGAAAAGCUGUUUGAUCCCUCCCUGGAUGACUCUGGCAAGCCUGUAUCUUUGCUUUCCUUCCAAUCAAGAUGCCCCCUUCCAAAUCCACUUUCUUUCUUGUAGGGAACUGCUUCUGGAGACAUGGAAAUGUAGCUCAGCACCCACAUGGAAAACCAUGGGGGAUGAGUCAGCACGCAGGACCAUGCCCAUGAAGAAGUUCUCCCAUGGGAAAUCAGGCCUGCAUUAUACCUAGGCUGCUUUGUGACUUGCUCUUGCUAAAACUCUCUCACCCUCAGUUCAGGCAGCAAGCCCUUGCUGCAUAUCUUUAAAGUAACUUCCCGAAGUCUGUGCUAAUUCUCCCAAGGAUUGAAGUGUAACCAGACCUGUUACUCUUAUCAUUCCCUUGU